AUGUACUAAAUAAAAUUAGUUAUUAAAAUGCAGUACUGCAAGCAAAAUACAAUUAAUUAAAUUUACCUUUAUAUAAUAAUUGCAUAUCAUAUCGAUAUUGUGGAGCAAUAUAUAAUUUUUCUGCUUCAAUGACAGAAGGUAUGAAAUAUAGGUCAAUUUGACAAUUUCAAUUGAAAAUAUGAAUUAUUUAAGAUAGUUGCAAUCAUAGAGAAAUAACAACAAGGCUAUACAACAAGGCAAUAACAACAAGGAAAUAACUUGUUAUUUCUCUAUGGUUGUAAUAUUUCUCCGCGACUCGCUGACUGUCGUUUCUCGUUUCCCUUCCAAGUACUUGCACACCGCGAAUAACAGUGAACUGAAAAACUCUAGUGUAGUGAUACAAAGCAUUUACCAUGGGUCUUACCAUAGCAGUGUUUAAUAGGUUGUUUAGUAAAAAGCCUAUGAGAAUUUUAACGGUAGGACUCGAUGCUGCCGGUAAAACCACAAUCUUAUACAAAUUGAAGCUUGGUGAUGAGAUCGUAACUACUAUCCCAACCAUCGGCUUCAAUGUAGAAACCGUAGAAUACAAGAAUAUAUCUUUCACGGUGUGGGAUGUAGGUGGCCAGACGAGAAUCAGAAAACUCUGGAAACACUAUUUCGCCAACACCGACGGACUCAUUUUUGUGGUUGAUUCCAACGACCGAGACCGUAUCGCGGAAGCCGAAGAAGAAUUGCACAAUAUAUUAGGAGAGGACGAGUUCAGAGACUGCAUUUUGUUAAUAUUCGCCAACAAACAAGAUUUACCGAACUUGAUGUCCACUGCUGAAUUGACCGAUAAGCUUAAGUUGCACACCCUGAAGAAUAGGAGGUGGUACAUACAAGCCACAUGUGCUACUCAAGGGAAUGGUUUGUAUGAAGGACUAGAUUGGUUGUCGAAUGAGUUGGCCAAGUGAAUAGGUAGAUGUUGUGAAGAGUAGCUUUUAUAUUUUUUAUUGAUAAUGUAAAAUCCUGUUUUUUUUGCCUCAGUUUGGUAGAAUUCAUACAAUAUUGCUUCUAUGUAGAUAACUUUAUAUGUUUCUAUCAUCAAAUAAUGGAUCAUUUUAUCCAAAAUCUAGCUAAACCACUAUAUAAUGCAUUGGCUCGUGUUACGAGACAAAUAGACCUCCUAUUAUACCAACAGUUGGCUGCAUCGACUUUGUUGUAAUACACUGUGGCAUUACUGGAUAUAUAUGCCUCGUAAAGCACUCAAUGCAAGUUUAUAAAUAUCUCUAAACGCAGCCAAAGUAUUAAUCUUAUCUUUAACUCUUGAUAUUUUUCAGGAUUUGUGUAUAAUUUAUUGAAAGUUUAGUUAAAUAUUACAUUUUUCUUCGAUUUUGUUCAUUUAGGCAAUCUCACAUUAUUUAUAUGUAACAUGUUAUUGAAUCAUACCCGCCAUAGCCAAUUAUAUACCCGCCAUAGUCUAAUUUCAGAGAUUAUUUUUUUGUUUUAUUGACGUGAGUACAUUUUUUAAGAAAUUCGUUUCAACAUUUUUGUCUCUCCUCUAUUCAUUCAUUCAUUAAAGCCGGAUUUACAUAUACAAGUACUUGGAUCCGAGAUAUCAGUAGAACUGCGAAUUUUUACAUUAAAUACCAGUGAUUCAAAGGAAAUAUUCAUUAUAUCUGCAAUAGCUUCAUAUGCAUUAUUUAUUUUGUUGAUAUCACAAUAUUCCUUGAGUUUACAUUCCACAAACAUUCAAAUGAUCAGUAAAAACUAAUAAACUGUCCCAUCUGUUCUCCAGACAAUCUUAGUUCCACUUUUUUUUUUAUUUGUAAAUUACAUGUGCUCUUGUAUUGCUACUUGGUUUGUGUUCAACUUCCAUCCAUGCUCGUAUCCAAGUAACAAGAGGCCCUGAGAAGGCGUUUAUACUUCUGACAUGCACUCUGAGUAGAGUAACUCGAAUUCAAGUACUUGUAAGGGCGACUUUAGAGUUACAAUCCCUAGGGAUUAUAUCUAAUGCCAUGGUGUUCAAAAUCCUAUGCUUAGGUGAGGUGGAUUAUUCCUUUGUGUCAUGUAUAGUUUCCUGUAUGUCUUUGCUGCUGUUGUGACUCUUUUUCAUUUCUUCCUGUCCUUGCACCGAAAUUUCGAGUCUUGUUUUGAAUUUAAUAGUAUUUUGUAUUUUGACAACGAAACCCGAUUUGGGCUUCGAAACGUUAAUAAAUUCAUUUUUUAGUAAAAUUGUGGCUUAUUUCCCAUAAAAAAUACGUAAUUGUUUUGAAUUAUUUGCUCAAUCUUAUCAAUUGUUACAUUUACAUAUUUUUUAUUUGGGUCGAUUUUCUUUGUUUAUUCACAAAAUUGUUAUAACCUGUCUGAGAAAUCUUUCAAAUGUUUUUUUACAUUUCCAUUAUUCAAUAUUACACAAUAUCUCUAUUGGGAACGUGCUUAGUUUAUCUCUAUUAGGAAGACUAGUUUUAAAAACUAAAAAUGUUUUCUUCGAUAGUAAAAUAAACAACCAGUGUUUAACAUCUUUGCCACAUUUAAAGAUAUUUAUAACACUACGUUGGGUGCGUCAUGAGGCAUAUAUGUCCCGAAUACCCCCAUUUGCCACUGUGUUACGACACAGUUGACGUAGCCAAGCGUUAGUGUAGUACGAGGUGUCCCGUAACACAGCCAAGAUGUUAACAAUAAACAUAAACAAAAUACAAUUUUGUGCUACUAUCUAAAUAAGAUGUCAAUGAGUUAUAGAACAAAGAAUAUUGUAUGAAUCUAUUCGACCAUAUCAUAAACUGACUUUUUCAUGUAGUAAACAACGUUUCUGCAACUCCUUCUUCUGUGAAUUCACUUUUUGUUCUACCUAGAUUUAAAUAUUUAUAUAAAUAAGUUUCCUAUUAUAUACUAUUUACUUUUAUUGUAUAAAUAUGUUAAUAAAUAUAAUAAAACUAG